AUGAGCAACGAUUACCAGCUCCUUGAAAAGAAGGAAAUCAGCGCGCUUGAAUCGCGGUGCCAGCUACUGAAUGUGUUUCGAAGUGGGGCAACAAAGACUCAACAAGAACUUGUCUCGUUAUACGAACGACGCCUUCAAGCAUGUCAAGAAGAGACCUCCAAAGCUCUUGCCGACGCUUCCACAGCAGAAACCAAUGCCAACACCUUACGGCAACACAAUGAACAGCUUCAAUUGACGAUCGCGGCUCUUCAAGUACGACUCGAUGCUGCCAUCCAUGGCAAACAAGACCAAGACGAAGGUCGAGAGGAAUACGAGGAUGAAAUGACGAUCGAAUCAGUGCUCAAGAACAAGGAGAAUGACCAUUCUGCAGGAAGGCUGGCAAAGCUUAUGCUUGUGUAUGAUCGAAGUCGUGACAAGGAGAAAUACGAGAGCGUGUACGACGAGCUAUUUCAGUUACGUGAGGAGCAAGUCAAGUUGAUUGCACAGAAUACCAACAUGCGAGCUUCCAAUGAACAACUUCGUGCGGCUCAUAACGACACAGUGCGACGACUUGGACGAGCACAUGAUCAAUGCGAUUACAUGGAAAAGCAACUUGAAACCUCAAAGCAACACACGCAUGAUCUUGAAAAGAUGCAUCAAGAACAAAAGGAGCAGAUCCAGCAUUUGAAUGAUGAGCUGCACACUAUGAAGACGCAAAAAGAGGAUUUACAGAAGGCAUUGCAGGCGACAGGAUUUCAGUUGCGGGAAUUACUACAAGCUGUGCAUAUCGAGAAACACUUGCUUCCACCAUCCAUCCAAAGCUCAGCUGAUUUAUACAACUACGCCAAUACAGUGACUGAUAUGGAUCCUGAUUUGCUCGUCUUCAAAGAUAUCGAUGAAUUACAGCAAAAGAACCAAGAAUUGAUCAAAAAGCUGCAACAAUUGACAAGCGCCUUACGAGAUAAGACCGCCGAGUUGAAUGCAUUCAAAUCACAAUCAGCGAAUGAAUAUCAACAACAACAGCAAAAACUAAAGGAGGCUUAUCGUGUCAUUGCUGAUCUCAAAACGGCCAACAACGUCAAUAAGAUACAGCGAUCAGCCACAAAUGGCAGCAGCAAUGGAUCAACAAAGUCUUUGGAUGAUAUCUUUGCUCAUGUGAAGAUUGGACAAGAAUUGAAGCAAUUGGAAGAUGAUUUGGAGCGUGCACACAGGGAGGCAGAUGAGAUGCGUCUACAGCUAUUGCGAGCCAAAGAAGAGAUCAAGCAUUAUCAGCAUCAAGCAGAAUCAUAUAAAGAUACCAGUGACACUCGUCUUGCAGAGCUUUCAAAGCAACAAACAGUGGAAGCAGGUCUUCAGCAGCGAUUGAACGAGGUUACAAAGAUGCUAGAUCAACAAAAGGACGAGAUUGUCAGACUCGAUCGAGCCAAGUCACUUGCAGAAAACAAUUCAAUCAGCACACAAAAGAAAUUGGAGUAUUAUGAAAAGAUAUACAAUGAGACGGCUAGAGAAAAGGAAGCUUGUGUACGCCAAAUUGAAGAAUUGACCAAGUCAACACGUAAUCAAGUAUCUAUAUGGGAGCAAAAGUUGACAAAGGCGACCGAAUUCAGCGAGCAUUUGAAGACCAUGGUCAGCAAAUAUGAGAAGGACAUUGAUGAUAUGGAAAAGGAGCUGACAUCCACCAAACAACAAUUACGAGAACAACGCACUCGAUCGGAUGAUCAGCAGCUGCAACAAGAGCAACAGAAAUUGGAUCGAUGGAAUCCUAUGGAGGAGGUGAAGCGAUUGGAACGAGAGAAUAUUCGAUUGGCCAAGGAGCUAGCUGAAAUCAAUGAGCAACACGUGAUUCUCGAAGCCAAGAUGGCGGAUUAUGAACAAGAGCGUGAUCCUGAGCGACUAGCACAGUUUGAAAAGGAUGCAGCAAAUCUCGCCGAAGCACGUGCCAGCAUUGAAUCACUACACGAACAAUUGAAGCAAUAUGAAGUAGAGUUGAAGAUCAGCAAUGACGAGAUCACAAAGAUAUCACAGGAGCGUAGUGCAUUUGUUGACGAUAUGACCGCCAAACUCAGUGCUCAGCAACAGCAACUUGAUGAUUAUCGCAGCAGAGAAAAAGCCAUGGAGACUUCAGCGAAUGAGAUUCAACGUAUCAAGGAUGAGAAAUUGGAGGCUGAGAAUACAUGGCAACGACAAAAGGGCUUGCUCACAGAGGAGAUCAACAGGAUGCGUUCGAAGCUCAUGGCCCAAGAAGAGAGAGCACAGCAAUUACAGGAGGAGAUGAAUGCUCAAGUCAACGUUGUCAAGGAAACGCAACAGCAAUUGGAACGUGUCAAGGGUGAAUUGGAGGAAAAGGAAAAGGCACAGGCUGAUGGCAAUGCGACAUCCACACAAGAAACCGAGCAGCUGGCAAAGGAGUUGAAUGAGGUCAAACAGCAACUUGCAACUGCACAAUCACAAGCAUCCUCUGCUGAAAAGACGCUGGUUGAACAAAAGACACAAUGGGAAAACGCUAUGAGUAGUUUACGUGCCGAGUUAGCGGAAACCACAUCGCAAACGCUUGAGCUCAAGAGCAAAUUGGCUGGUAUCGACAUGAGUGAAAAGGAGAGUUCAUCUACUACCAUCACCAGUGAGGCGUUUUCAGAUGACAACGUGAAUCAGCUUGCUAUCACUCUCCAACGACAAUACAAAGAGCUUCAAGUUCAGCAUAAGGAAGUCGAGGAUCAGCGUACCCAGCUACAGCAGAAUCUUGAAAACACACAACAGGAGCUUGAACGCCUAAAGAUACAGCUUGAGGAAUUGCAGCAUGAAAGUGAGGAGAAGAGGAAACAGCAGGAUACAACACUCAAAUCGAUGAUGAGCAAGGCUUCUGCUUACAUGGAUAACAAUCAACGUCUUCGAGGUGUGCUUAGCGAGUUGGAAAACGAAUGCAAGACAUUGAAGGAAAAGCUCGCCGAGAAGCAAAUGCCAGCCACAGCUACAUCAGAACAGCAACCUGAUCAAGAGAAACAAGAAGCAGCACAGCCCACUCCAAUCAAUACAGCCGAAUUGGAUGAGAUGAAGAAGAAGAUUGAGGAAAUUGAAAAGGAGAAGGCAACAUUGAGUGAAGAGCUGAAUAAGAACACCCUCAAUAUGAAGAAAUACCAAGCUGCAACAGCCGCCUAUAAGAAACGAUGGGAAACUUCACAAGAACAAUUGAAGGAAUUGCAAUCUAAGCAGCCGGGCGAGGAUAACCAAGAAAAGGUCAAAUCGUUGGAAGAGGCAUUGGAUGCUGCCAAGAAGGAAGCUUUGGAAGCCGUCAAAAAGGAAAAGGAAGCUUUGGAAGCUGCCAAGAAGGAAAAAGAGCAGAUUGAAGGCAAAUUUGAAAACUUGAAACAGCAGGCUCAAGCUCUUCAGGUCAAAUACAACAAUCUUCUCAAGAGGUCACGUGUACUCCUCACUGAAAAGGCUGCAGCCGAGAAAGAGCUUCAAGAACUCAAGCAAAAGAUGAGCGAAUCUGGUUCUUCAGCAGGUGUCAAACGAACAUUAGAUACUGAAAAUCAGGAGGGAUCCAAAUCACCCAAAACACCCAAGACUCAAUAA